AUGUCAGCCCUCAAGACGCAGAGAAGUGGUGCUGAGGUGAGGAAGAGCGAGGAUGUGGUGAGCGUGAUGAAGGUGGUGAACAGGCCAGUGCAUUAUCCCUUCUGGUUUGGAGGGAGCGCGAGUUGCUGUGCGACGCUGUUCACACACCCACUGGAUCUUGUCAAGGUCCGGUUACAAACACAGGCAGCCAGCGGCGCUAAGCUGAACAUGUCCCAAAUGUUCGCCCACAUUGCGAGGACAGACGGCUUUGGCGGCCUAUACCGUGGCCUCUCAGCCGCCCAACUCCGCCAGAUAACCUACUCCAUGACGCGCUUCGGUGUCUACGAGGCCCUCAAAGAACGCUUCACCACAGCAGACGCAAAACCCUCCUUCCUGACUCUGGUCGGCAUGGCCUCUAUCUCUGGCUUCCUCGGCGGCGUCGCCGGCAACCCAGGCGACAUCCUCAACGUCCGCAUGCAGCACGACUCUGCGCUUCCGCCGGAGAAGCGACGCAACUACAAACACGCCCUGGAUGGCGUGAUACGCAUGGCGCGCGAAGAAGGCGUGGCCAGCCUCUGGAAAGGCGUGUGGCCCAACUGCGGACGAGCGGUGCUCAUGACAAUCGGACAGUUGGCCACCUACGACGGCUUCAAGGGCCUGCUGCUCAAGUACACGCCGCUGCAGGACAACCUGAACACGCACUUCACCGCCUCCUUCAUGGCGGGCUUCGUCGCAACGACAAUCUGCUCGCCCGUCGACGUGAUCAAGACGCGCGUCAUGAGCUCCCACGUCAAGGAAGGCCUGGUCAAGCUCGUCACCGACAUCACCCGCCAGGAGGGCCUGCGGUGGAUGUUCAAGGGCUGGGUCCCAAGCUUCAUCCGCGUCGGUCCGCACACCGUCCUCACCUUCUUGUUUCUGGAGCAGCAUAAGAAGUACUUCAGGCGGUUCAAGGGUCUGGAGUAG